AGCGUCCACUAGCACCGCGGACGGCUAUGUUACUGUGACGGCACAAGGAGAUGGAGUACAUGUUCUGGAUUUGUCCACCCUGCACCCCGUUGUCUCUCACACUCUUGGGCCUUCGACUGUGUUCUCCUGUCCUUCCGCCACACGGGUAAGCGAUGGCAAGAAGAUAUGCACUACCUACGCGGUAUUGGAAUCUGCGCAAGGCGUGAAAGCAGAGGAACAUGGCAGGACCGUCCGCAUGUGGAAGGACAGUGCUGCUGGAGGCAGCAAUGCUACGGAUGUGCAGGUAGCAGUACAGACCGUAAUUCUGUCGCACAGAAUAUUACAUGUGUCUAUUCCAUUUCAAAUGGAGAACAACGUCCUUUUCAUUGGGCAGAAUGGGGAGAUCACUGUCACAGACCAAGACCUAGUUACACGGCACUCGUAUAGUCCAGAGCAACAGUCUGAGACUGUCGAGAGCUUUGUUUUCAACCGUUCGGAAGCAGUGUUUGUUCCAAGGCGAUCGACUUUGGAAGAAGGCGCCGUCGUCGUCUCUUUGCAGAAGUUCGACGACACUACAAGUUUACGAAUUACCAGUGUCGACAGUAGCGGGGUCGCGGUUCUGGGAGACUUGGCUCUGCCCUCGAAGCUUGUUGUAUUCAAAGCUUCGUGCAGCGCAGCUGGCUUCGUCAGCAUCCUGACCCCUUCCGGAGAGUGGCAUUGCUUCCAAAUUGAAUGCUUGGAGAACUCAAGUAUCAGUAUCGCGCCAGCGUGUAGCCCAGUCACAUUACGCAACCUCUCUUUCUUUUCCGAGCCAACAUCCUCAUUCGGUGGCGAGAUUUCCUUGCUCUCGUUGGGAUCUUCGCAUGUGUUUCUGGCUGGUGUCUCAUCGGCGUCGCCUCUAGAACUCGUACUGUUAAUCUGGGACCUUCAGUAUUCCGUCGUGCUGGCCUCUCGUACGCUAGCUAUCCCGUCGACUAUCACUCGGACGAAGAAGCAAGGCAUUCGGCUACAGCUCGGAGGCUCGUCUGGCAGUACCCAGCAGGCGAUUCUGAUCCUGUCACCCGCUUCUGUGCCCGCAGUCACAAAUGGCAGCUCAGCAUCACACCCGACAGGCGAGGACUCCGCGCAACAUUCGAGUGUUCUCGUGAUCCCCUUGGUAGUGCCCGUCUCAUCGAGCGUCGCCAACGCACUUGGUCGUACAUCUACAACGGAGAAAUGGACAGUGCACGCUGCGACCAAUGUUUCUCAGGCGAACCUCUCCAGCUCUAACCUGGAAGCUCCCCAAGUCAAGCUCCUGCGAGCCAUGCGGACAGCCAUGGAACAGAAGCGAGUCGAGGCGGCCGAUGAAGCAUUCUUCGAUUGGAUCUCCCAGCAGGAGAGCGACAAGGCCCCUGCAAGCCGCCCAAACGCAAAGCUGUCAUUAGGCUACCAGUUCGUGAAGCAAGUCCUGGAGAUCAUCUUGCGCACACCCAAGAAUGUAACGACCGAUAUCCCAUACUCGCCAAAGGUCAUGCGCUAUCUCAUGCAGCAGCGUUGUGUCAGCGCAGGUAUGAUCGAAGGUGGACUCUUCGCUGCUCUGAGAUUGCGUAAUGAUUGGAAGUCGAUGAUGCUGGCUCUGAAGACCGUCAUUGAUGUCUCCGAAAGCGACGUCAUAUCGCUCCUCCAUUCCUCGGUGGUCGUCGCCCGCCAGAUGCGGUCCGACGACAGCGCGAUGCAGGUGGACGCCACUGCAGACGGCUCCGUUCCUCCCCUUCCUUCUGUCCUCUCCCUGUGUACCACGUACACGGUAUCCGCGCCCGCCCUACGCUUGGCGAUCCGUCAGCAUCUGUCCGAUGCCGCGGAACUCACUGUCAUCCUGCAACUCCUGAAGGAGUGGAUCGACGCAUGGUGUGCAGAGGGUAUUACCCUCCUUCCUGAGCGGACCAAAAAGGACUUACACGGCGCUCUAGUCCCUGUCCUUGAGGAGAGGCAAAAAGACGCAUUGCCGCCACUGGGGAAGGUUUUGGCUUUCCUCCAGGCACUACUCGACGCGUCCUUCCUCACAUUCUUGACCUACCUGCCCUCGCACGGCAUCCUCCGCGAUAUCUUUUCGCACCUCGAGCCUGAGCUUAACUUCACGGACGAUGUCGAACAGCUGCGUGGUCCUCUAGAGCCUUUUGUCUGUGCACACGCGAAGGCGGUGCAUGAGGCUGCGCACGGCGUACAGAAGCCCGAUCUGAAGGUCGACUGGCGUAAGCGACGAAAGGAGGCUCAUGAGCAAGCGGGCAUAGCAGUGGGCAUAUACCAAAUAGAGGAGCUUGUCCUGUAGUGCUAC